AUGGUCACAACUCGUAGGAAAGCGGCAGAAGGACAGGAGGGCGCGUCGAAGAAGGCAAAAAAAGAUGUGCCAGCCAAAGCAACCUCAAAGCAGAAAGCUCCGACAAAACUACGAGAAGAAGAUUCCCCUCCUCCGACACAGAGUGACGGCGACGAAGAAAAGCGCGAAGUACAAUGGGCGCAACCCACACAAGGCCAAGGCAAUCAUCAUCGCGACCAAGGCGAGGCCGUCACAAGAUUCUCUCAGACUCUCUUCGAUCAGCCCUGGACGGAAAUAUGGACCGCACAGAGACCGUUCAAAUUCCCAGCAUUGCGAACCCCUCUGUACAGGAGUAGGUCAGGCGUGGAUCUGACUGCUGAAAAACAGCCUCAUUUUAGUGCGCCACUUCGCCAGCUUUUCAACCUCAUCAAGAAUACGACGCAGGGAAAUGCCGUGGAAGAGCGCAUCUUCACCGAACAUGCCUUUCGUCAAGCUUUUCAUGACACAAAUAAUAUUGCUGCCGUUAUUGCCUCCGGAUCGACGGCAAGUCCAAUUUUGGCUCUUGACCGCGAUUAUCGGGUCGACAUCACUGUAGGAGAAGGUGAUGCUGCAGAAACUGGCCAUGUGCUUUUUCUUCACAGAAGUCCCGCUUUGGACAAAGCCGAAGCCUCAGAGAACGACUACGGAUACUUCAUUGAACUUCCCCCAAAUACUCAAAUCACGGUGAACGGCAUUACCUACAUCAAUGACACUCUUGAAGCGGAACAAGGCCCUAGUGCCCCUUCACCUUUUAUCAUUGGAACUCUCUACCGAUAUACAAUUAUCGAGCUGCUCUCGCAACCAAUCUUUUUCUUCCGCACACAGGCCGAUCUGGAAUUCACGGCCAAGAUCAAGGACAAUGUCGCAAACAGACCUUCUGGAGCAGAGAUGAACCGUCGCCACCAGCUGGGCGAAGAUGCUGCCGACCAUAUUGACAUCACAUGCACACCGUUGGACGAGCGGCGCAAGUCGCCUGAGGAUGUGAGCCCCAGAAAGUCAGCUACACCAAAUAUUGGGUUCGAAUAUGAUGACACAUGGGUUGCAGAUACCAAUGCCCGAGAAUACGUGGAGGAUGCCAUCCACGAUGUGUUCCGUGAUCGUUACCAAGAUCUCAUACCUCGGGUGCUUGCUUCCAUCAACGAUAGACAAGGGGUAGAAGCAGGCUUUAGCAUCGACUCAGAUGAAGAAGUGCAAAGGCCUGGAAGAACGAUGAUUACGACUAUGCAGUACGCAGGAAGUGACCACACAGUCCUGUUGAUCUAUCGAAUUGGUGAAGAUAGGGCCAUCAGUCUGCAGGUCCUAGACUCAAUGGCAUGGUCUUCAACACCAGCUCAUCGUCAAAGAAUACACGGGAGCGCACUGCAAAUAUUGGUCGACAGGAAUUGGUGGCGCGGUACCUUCGAAUCUGCAGAUGAAAUGCAACUGCAAUUCCCAGAGGCUUCGUACUGGGUCGACUGUGUGCAACACGACAUUCCGAGACGCGCCGAUACAUACGCUAUCCUAAAUGCCUUCGCGAUCGCAAUGGGCUUGCAGCUGAACCUCAAUUUCUAUGAAAGAAGACCGGAAAACUUUUUUGAUCAAGCCCAAUUGAUUUUCGAGUCAUUGUUGAGCGAUCAGCUGGAUUGGAAGGUUCUAUACGCAUUCUUCACAAGCACAAAGUAUGCGGGCCGAGUUGUUGACCUUGAUGACGAAGCGGAGCACAACGAAGAUGAGGGUAGAUAUGCUCUUCCACCAGUGACCCGCCGUUUUAAUCUUCGUGUUCGACCUUAUGGCGAACUCGUUAGACGACAAAGAGACCAGGAUAGUGCUGCAUUGGGUAUGAGGAAUGAAGCAGACGUGGUUUUGGCCUCUGACCACAUGGAACUUGAUGUGGAAGAUGGCUUUGGCCACAAUACUGAGUUUCCUCACGACAGUUGCGAGCCUGGAUUUCGCAACGAUACCCUUCGCCGAGUUGCCAUCGAUGGUGGCUGGUCCUUGCAAACCUCUUUGGAAAUUGUGGAGGAGUGGUACCGCGAGGAAGGUCUGGCAUCUCCUCCAUCAUAUGAAGAGCAGGGCGAAGAUCCCGGAGUUGACAGCAAUGAAGAUCCUCCCGCCGAUGAAGACCCUCCCGCCGGUGAAGAUCCUUCCACUGAUGAAGGUUCUCCAGCCGAAUCUAAGCCAGCUCUUCAAGGACCUCACUUUGAUCAUUAUGACGUCGCCGAAAGCUUUAACCCAUGCGAGUAUUUCCGCAAAAGAAUUGCUACAUUGCUCGCAAGCACUAGCAUCAAGGCCACGCUCGCCGAUCCACCUAUUACACAGGCCCUAGGAUCGCGAAUGGCUUCUUUACACAUUCUCCAAGUACUUCGCGCUAUGAAUGAAGUUUUUCCGGAUGGUCAGGGUUUCUCGUUCUAUGAGCCAGAGGAAAAGAUGCUAAUGACCUCCCUUGUUGACAGGAUGGGUGAUGUAGGGGAUAAGUCGCCUGCCCCGAUCGAUCCCGGAGCCUAUCACGAUCGAGUAGUACUCUCUCCACGUCGAAUUGGAAAUCACAGAGUGCUCUUGCUACUCCAAUUCACGUUGACUGACACCGACACCGCUGUCACAAUACAUGUAUUGGAUUCUGCAGAAGGCAAACUCUCCAAGGAGCAGCGACAAGAGCUCUUCGACUCAAUUGAUCGCAUGCGAGACAGUGAUCCGGUUAUACCAAGAUCCAUCAUGUGGAUUUUUGGACCUCAACAGCAAUCUGCCUGGCAGAUUGAUUACUUCACCGUACUCAACGCCUGGAGCACUUUGCUUGGCCUCGAUCUGAACCAGCAUUUCAGUCUUGAAGGAAAGCCAAAUUUCUUCACGGAAAUCAAGCAGCUUCUGCAAGCGGCAGCUGCUGGACAAGCAGACUGGAAGCUGAUCUGGGCAUUCCUGCGUUGUUCAAAUUAUGUGGCAGGCACGGAGCCCCCACCACUGAAUCGAAGAUUCACAAGAACUAUUCCUAUGACGGAUUUGCGUCGAUAUAGGCGGGUUUUGGAUGAAAGACUGGCACCACAUCCCUUUUUUGAGGACCCUGGAUGCUUCCAUCCGAAGCUCGACGAGACUGUCGGCGUGAGGCAUGAUGUGGACUUCCCGCGGGACGGACGAGCAGGUAAAGCUCCAGAGACUCAAAACUCUACCGCAGAGCGCAAUGGUGAGACAGGUGAUAAGCCUGCUGUGCUGCUCUCCGACAGGGAGAAACGUAACAUGGAACUGGGCCUGGAGCCAGAUUUCGACCCAUGCAGCUACUUUCACGAACAACGCAACAAAAUAUUGGCCGGCUCUAAGGAUGAUAUAGAAGACUUUCGCCAGCGGGAGGUGAACACUUGCACAAGGAAGUUCAGAGCUUGGUUGGAUGACACCGAAACAUCGCUAGCAAUUGCUGCCGUGACAAUGAGGCUGACUCGAUCCCAAGGAGCGACUCAGGGCUUCAGUUACGCAAGUGCGCAUGAAGUUGCCUCGUGUUUUGAAGGGGAAGCCGAGCUAAUAGCAGCUUUCCGACCCGGUUGCCCAAUGAUACUGUCGCUUCACAUCGAACGACACUUUGUACUCCUUAUCAUUCGUCUUGAUGCGCAGGGUCGACCAGAGUUUUCCGUCAUGGACUCUAAACCAUACUACCUUGGACGCAAAAAUCGAGCCAACAUACACGACAUGAUGUUCAGACUCAUAAGAGACACGAAGUGGUGGAACCUUUGGUCCAAAUUUGAAGACUUGGGAAGUAAUCGACCACAGCAUACAUCUUGGCUACCUUCAGCGACACAACCGAGCGACAAUGAGUGCGGAUACUACGUCAUACUCAACGCUUGGUCAAUAGCUCUAGGUCUUGAGACAAAUCCUGAUGUUUGCCUGGACUGGAGCGACACCUUCUUCCGCGACUUGCAAGAUGUCAUUCAUCUUGCUCGAAUAGGACGAGCAAGCUCGAAAUUCAUUUACGCGUUUCUGAGAUGCUACGGCUACGUAAAGGAAGGCAAGGUAUCUUCAGAUCGUCAAUUCGAUAGCACACUAGAGCUGAGGAAUGAGAUUGACAUGGGUACAUUUGCCGAUGACUUUCACAUGGACGAUGCUAUCCAAUUUUCGAUAACUUCGGAACUACUUUGGCAGGACCUAGGAACCAAGAGCGUACUCCAUUUGCCUGGAGGCGCACGAAGGCACAACGAUGCUGCUGCGUUUCCCUCUGACAGGUGGGAUGAAAACACACGGCAUCUUGCUGUUGAACUAGGCAGGCGAGGAAAAUUGAACUUGGAUCAUACUGCAAGAGAGGUAGGAGCGGCCAUUCAAGAGGGGCGCAAAGAAAGAGGUCGCCACUUCAUGGAGCAGCUCAAGACAUCCGGUAUUGACUGCUCGACGGGCAACCGCAGUCAGAUUUUGCAGGCCUGUAGGGAUCAUCUAGACGGAUGGCACUCUCAGCAUACCAAUAUCUUGCGAGCAGACCCAUGCGAGAUAUCCAUCGAUACCAUUGCUUUUUACAAACACAUCUUCAAGAAAGACACUCUUGGAGAUGUGUUUCAAGGCGACGCUUUUCAAGUGUGGCCAGACGACCACAGCGCUACAAUGAAGGAAGAAGUCGAAGAGGAGGAGACUGACACCAACGACGCACACUUCGAUAUUUGCCUUUACGACAGCUCCAGGCAUGUGUUUGCCAACUCAGAAGCCGCGGGCGGAGGAUGGCGAUGCGGUCCCCACACUAUCACCAAUGCUUGGAUUCUGGCCAUGGGCCUGACCCCCAACCCAGAAGCUGACUAUUCAGAUGCUGUCUACGGAGAGCUGAGGGUACUUGCAAGGGCAGCUGUGGCGGGCCUGUUAGACUGGCAGGCUUUGGUCGCAUGGUUCUUCUGUCGUAGACUUACGCUCGAGCGUAGUCUUGAUUACAUCUUGCCAGAUCGUCGGUUCACGACAACGCACUUCUGGGAGAGCGAAGCGAAAUUCACGGACGGUCCGUACAAGUCGUCGACGACACCACUGAUGUAUGAAGAUGGCGAUAGGGAUGACGAUGACAAAGACGAAGGAUUGAGCAGACACUUCGAAGAAGUAGAUUCGCCGUACAAUCGACUCAAUCGGAAGCGACGAAGUGCGACCAAGCAAACCACGCCAGACGCUUUGGCAUUCUUAAACCGUUACGAUGUCGAUGUGGACGGCGAUGUUAUAAUGUCUGAGAGGAGUCACCAGGCUUUCAGUGGAAGGAAAGGUGAAGUGGAUAAUCUUGUCUUCUUGGAAGGGUUCUGA